CAUGCUAAAAUCAUACCUAUAGAGGACUAAAGCCCUAAUUUUAUUGGUUGGUGAAAAAAAGUUAGCACAUGCUUGUGAAAUGAGGACUUACGGCACGUGGGGUAAAUAAUAAACAUGAAUGCCUCUUCGUCAGUCAUCACCGCGUUACCACGUAUUCAUCUUCCUCAACGCGCAGACAACCUAAGACCUUCUUCUUCAAAUUCUCAUACUCUACUUAUAACACACAAAUAUAAAUACAAUAACAAGUCGCAAUUCUCACUAUAACUGUCAACUCGAAAAAAAAAAACACCUGGAUUAGUACACAAAAACCAUAAUAACCAAAAAUAUAUACACAAACACACUCAUCUAACCCUGUCCAUUUUAUUUGUAUAAAGAGAUAUGGAUGCAUCACCCAAGUACACAGGUGUCCGAAAGAGGAAGUGGGGAAAAUGGGUGGCUGAGAUUCGUCUCCCAAACAGCCGUGAAAGGAUCUGGCUCGGCUCCUUCGACUCCGCUGAGAAAGCGGCACGUGCUUUCGACGCCGCUCUUUACUGUCUCCGCGGCUCCGGAGCGCGUUUCAACUUUCCGGAUAAUCCGCCGGAGAUACCCGGUGGACGUUCCCUGACGCCGCAGGAGAUUCAGGUGGCAGCUAACCGUUUCGCCAGCGAGGAACUGUUACCACCACCACCACGACAACAAGGAUCACCGUCGCCAAGUGGCGAUAAGUCGGACGAAAGAGGAGGAAUUUUGGCACGUGGGGAAACUAAUGUUGGUGGGCCAACGUUAGGAGAAGUUGGUGAAUAUAAUAAUUACAACAACGAGAAUAAUAGCAAUGGUAAUGAUACGACAACGUAUUGGCCGUUUCUAUGGGAAGAGAAUCUUCUGGUUUCUAGUAUGUCGGAAGAGUUGGGUACCUUCUACAUGGAGGAUUCGUUACAGCAACAAGAACCUGAGCUCUCAUCUGAUUUUUACUACGAUGGAGCUUAUGUUGUUGAAGAUGAUUUCUCUCAUUACAAUAUUUGGAAUUUCUGAGAUCCAUAUUUUUAGUAGUGAUCUUGGACCGAAUAUUCCAUCAUUACUGAAGGUGAAUCAUUAAGCUACUAGCCUCUUAUUAGCUUCGUAUAUUAGAUUAGUAGCUAGAAUUCAUCUUCUUAAUCUUUUUAUUUCAUUUAUUAAAUUUCUAUACAAAUAUAUUUCAUAUGUUUUUUGUGCUUUCUUUUACUUGCACAUUGCUUUCACUGUACUUUUUACUGCAUUUUGUUUGUUAACAAGCCAAUAUUGACCCCUAUUGUUUGGUCAUGGAUGUUUUCAAAGUUUACACGUAAGGUUACAUAUGUGUAUUUUUCUACAAGUGCUCAGGUUUUGUUUGGGAUUAUUUAAUGUUCUAUAACUUUUCUUAUAAAAUUUUAUGUAAGUUGUUUUGGUCUAUUAGCAUAGGAGCUCCAGCUGGAGUGUCCAUCUCUAGGUUUGAGCCUGCGGAAUUUAUAUGUGGGCUGCAGCAUCUGAGACUGAAGACCGUUAUACGGUGAGCCACAUGGUGACGUUCUGGUAGCGUCUAUGCUCACUUCGGUCUCUAGUCUGGAUUACCUCGGUGGGACCAGGAUACUCGGUUAGCAAAAAAAAAAUUUAUGUAAUAUAUAACAAGAAUUUUAAUAUAACUAUUAUGCAAUCACUUAAAGAGAACCUCCACACAGGCUGAAAGAAAUACAAAAGACAUCACAUACCCCAAACGGAACGUCUAAAGAAUUCAAUGGCAUUAAUAUGUGUUUCUUAUUACCGCCCUCUCCUUCACCAUAAUUGAAACAUUCAUAUUUAACUAAAAACUUAAGAUCUUCUGUUUGAUUCUCUCACAUGCCUCCACGUCUUCGUCCACAUAGGAAAGUCACGCGUUCUGGAGCCGCCACGUGUCCCCCUCCUGAAAAACUCACCGUUUUCGUACGAGUUUUUUUUUUUGUUUUUGGCAAAUUUGGGCUUCGGUCCGUUCGUCGCUUCCUGCGAAUAACAUCAUAAAGCAUCACCCCCCUAAACCUAAUUAUCGCCUUCGUUCAUCCGAGUCUGAUCUCGGCGGCGAGAAUAACGAUCCAUCGUUCUCCUUCUCCCUGUAACAGAACUAGACUUUAAUGGCAUCAAUGCGUCCGUCGAGAUCUCCGUUAUAAAUAGGUUUUUUUUUUCUGAUUUGAAGACUAGGAAGUGUUCAAACGUUAAGCGGGAUGGAUAUUGCGGCUUCAUCUAAUCUCUUUGCAAUCUAAUCGCGUCUUCACACAGCUUCUUCCCCGUUUAUCUCCGCAGCAAACAGGAAUUGAGUUUUUAUCCUCGCCAAAUCAUGCCCAGACAAUCAGAGCUUCGGUUCGAACGAUUCCAAUUUUCACUGGAGACAAACCAACGAAACCCAGGGCAUCAGCAAUCGAUGUCAAGGAGACAGUGAAUGAUGACAUGUGUGUGCUUAUCUCCAGCUUUAAUUACCAAUGCCUACACUUUGGUCUCUGUACAAAACGCAGAUGCUUUAGACUAGAAACCAUGAGUUUGCCGUAACUGCCAGGGCAUUGGUACUGUUCUUUGUGAGUUACAUUUUCUUGAUUACCCUGCGUGAUAUGUGCGGGGGUACAAGAAAAUGGAAAGCUCCCAACCAAAAACGAGCCAAAGAUAGGUUUGAGUUUACAGAAUGUCCGAACUGUUAAGGUGGAGGGUUUUCCCAGUCUGUUUAGGUACAUGUUUACCAAACAACAAAGGACUCCUUAGAAGGUGGUGCUCGUACAAUGUACAAUGGUUGUCUUCUUCCCAAUUCUUGAGCAGCACAAUGGCAAUAGUUAUGAUUAUAGAAGAGGAAGAAAAGUAAUACAUUGUCGACGCAUGUGAAGCUAUAGGAGAAUGGGAUGCUAGAACAUGUUUUUGUAAUGCUGCUAGAAAUGUGUUGUUAAUUCUUUACAAACCUAAGAGUUUUCUUCUUCCUUAGACAGUCUUGACGACUCAA